GUUACAACCGGCCCCGCGAAAACUCCUCCCUCUUUUCUCUGUUUCUUGCUAAUAGAUUUUUGUUAUUGUCUCUUCUUUUCUCUCUUGCGGUUAACAGAUUCUCUCUCAGGAAAAAUAAACCCACCAAAAAUUUUAAAAAAUUAAAAUUGUUAGUGUUGAGGCUUUUAGUUUCAGUUUAUCCAGUCGAGGUGAUUCGGCUACAGUCACAGACACCAAGCUUGUUGCAUGCCAUUAAAAGGGUUUCUUUGUUGUUCUUGUUUCUGUCAAGUUUUUCGCUUACAAACUUGAACUUCAUGUCGUCUUUGGAAGCAAGAACAGGGCGACUCAGGCAACGUUAUGAUGAAAACAAUUUGCGACUUGUUUCUGGAUGCAUUCCCUACAGGCUAACAAAGGAUGAUGGGAAUCAAAAUGAUGAUAUAGAGAACAAGAUAGAAGUUGUCAUGGUUUCUUCACCUAAUCGCAGCGAUCUAGUGUUUCCAAAGGGUGGAUGGGAGAAUGAUGAAACUGUUGUUGAAGCUGCUUGUCGCGAAGCACUGGAGGAAGCAGGAGUGAAAGGAAUACUGAGAGAAAAUCCCUUGGGAGUUUGGGAGUUUAGAAGCAAGAGCAAGCAAAUUCUGCUCAGCCGGGAAGGUGGCUGCAAAGGCUAUAUGUUUGCAUUGGAGGUGACUGAGGAACUUGAGUCCUGGCCAGAGCAGGAAAACCACUGUAGGAAAUGGCUAAACAUAAAAGCUGCCUUUGAACUAUGCCGAUAUGAAUGGAUGCGUGAGGCACUGGAGAAGUUUCUCAGAGUGAUGGCGAAGGAGCAAAAAAUUGAGAUGGAAGAAGAGAAAGUAGAUCCCCCCACCACUUUGCCAUUAUCAGAAGUUGUAGCAGAGUGUCAAAUGAUUUCUCCUUCAAAUUGCUAUGUAACUCCUUCCAGUGGCCAACACCACAGCAUUAAUGCUUUAAGCGCAUUCCCUUGGCAAAUUACUCUCAAGAGGUUGUCAUUGACAUGAGCUGUUGCCAUAUGCUAAUCAUUUUCAUCUUCAUCUCCCUCUUUUACUUUGUUUGCAGUAGGAUAUUGUGCAAUUCAUAGUGUCCUGUAACGCCUUCGGAUUUGAAAAAAGAAAACCAAAUAGUGAAGUGAAAACUUGAUUUCAAAUA